AGAUACUUUCAAACGUUAACCGCCAUUGUGUGACUAUUUUUCUGGCUGCUUGGUGCGUCUGUUUUUAUACUUUUAAGAAGGAAAAGAAGAAAACACCGAGGCACGUAACCAUGGAUUCUAAAUUUUCCCACUUCCGCCAACGGGACAACAGUGUGUCCAUGCUGAGGGUAAAAAUGUCCCGCAGAUCGGCUCAGUCACAGAAGGAGAACCGAGAGAAAGUUGUAAAUGCACGGAGGCAACUGGACAAGCUGCAGGAGCUGGAAAUAUCAAGUCUGGAUGCCUCCAUGGCUGUGACCAACACGUCAACAAUCAAAGAGAUAACAAAUCUCCAUGCAAACUCUGCCAAAGGUACCGGUAAAGCUGUAGAAGAGAGGCUAAAACAGCUUGCACGCUGGAAAGAGAGAAAAGCCCUUCAGAAAGAGAAGGAAAAGCAAGAGAAGGAGCGUAAAGGAGUGUUUAAGACUGGCCUGUAUCAUCCUAAAGACACUCAGUGCCUUUUCGCUUUACCUCCCAUACCUGCAGCCUUCACCAAAGCAAAGGAGACAAAAACAAACACCGCUCCAUCACAGAGCACCAGGGUAACUCGUUCAAUGAGGCAGCAGCAAACGCAGAAGCCUCUAAAGACGCCGAAUCCAAAUACAACCGCAAAGAAAGAGAGACCAACCAGAGGAGCUCCCGUUAAAGCGGCUCCGACUUUGGCUAAGAAAAACAUAUGUCCAGCAGUGGUGCCAGUAGUCCGAGCACAGUCAAUCCGAUCUGUCAACAGAUCUGUUCCAGCAGCCCCAGUUGUGACUAACGAGCCACAUGACAAAUCUGAAGUCCAGAGAAUCACAAGAAGCAAAGCCACUGUCGAAGCUAUGGUGCCACCCUCUGGAAAGGGAGGGAACUGCAAAGCCGAUAUCAAGCUCAUUGUCCAUCCUGCCGCAACGCCCCUGGCAAGCCUUUCAGCGCUUAAGGCAGAGGAGCUUGACCAUCAGGAACCAGAAAAACCUCAACCCCCCAAGUCAACUACCUGUCCCGAGGAGAAUAUGAAGGUGGACGAAGAAGCAGCUGAGGAGCUUUCCUCUUUGGCCUCAUUCGCUCCCAAGGGAUUUGUCUUCCAGGCUCCUGUCGGUGUGUCAGCCUUCAAAUUCGAGCCUCUCACACCUCGCUCAGCAGAUGCCUUUCUUACUCCAAGCUUCAAUUUUCCACCUGCCCCUGUAUUCACUGAUAAACCUCAAGCAAAGCCAAGUGGAUCUUCGCCACCUAAAUCACCUCGCCGCUCUCCUCCUCCAGCCCCAAGUAGCCCGUUAGAAUCCAAGCAUGAUGUGCCAUACUUUAGGUCAGAGAUUAAUAACGAGACGGACAAACUGAUGUCUCUCAGUGCUCAGUGGGAGACUAAAGUGGAAGAUGAAUCCAUUCCUGAAGAAAUGAGAGACCGCAUGCGUACAGCCAUCGGUCAAGCAAGGUUGCUCAUGAAAGAGCGCUUCAACCAGUUCAGCGGUCUGGUGGACGAUUGCGAGCUGGUCCGAGGGGACAAACUCACCACCUGCAGCGACCUGCAGGGUUUCUGGGACAUGGUUUACUUCCAGGUAGAAGAUGUAAGCAGGAAGUUUGAUGCCCUCAAAGAAGCGGAGGUGCGAGGGUGGGUAGAUGAGCACAAGCCACAGGCACGGCAAAGAAAAGCAGUCAAGAAACCUGUAGUAGCACCUGCCAAGCCACCAGGAACCAAAGCAGGGGCCAAGUCUCGCCUUGCUGCCAUCAAAGCGGCCAUGAGAGCCAAAAAGCAGGCAGCCGAGGCAGAAGAGGCGUCAAAGGUGGCAGGUGACACCCAGGACGAGGCGACCCCCCCUGAAGGACCACAAAGUCAGGUCGCACCUCAAGCAACUGACACUGUGGUCUUUGAUGGAGGCUUCUUCUCUGUGGCGAGUCCAGCCAGGGCAUCAGGCUACGUGAGAAGAUCCAGACGCCUGAGUGCCGCCAUGCCUCCACAUGCUUCUCCCUGCUCUAGCUACCUUUCCCCAAGAAGGGUCACUCGGCGCUCCCUGGCCUUGGCACAAACCCACGGAACUCCUGUUCAGGGCAACCAAACUCCCCUAUGCCUUUCCGCCAAACAAACCUCCCUAUGUACACCAAGGCUGCAGCUUCACACUCCUCAGCCAACCGCAGACACAUCACUUUCUUUCCUCCCUCCCACUGAAAUGCCUUCGUGCAGCCCCCUGCUGGAGGAAACCUCAGCAUGUCCAGCAGAAAUGGUUUCAGUGCAAGAAUCCACCAUGGGUGUGCUUCCUACUAUUUCCGUCGUCCAAGAAAACGACGAAGCAGCCAAAUCUGUCACGACAGCCUUGAGCUUCAUGCCGUCACCCAGCAGCACUCCUUGCCAGUGUUCCCCCACUACGACCACAUCUCCUGCCGUGCAAAGUUCAAAGGGGACUCCAAAGUCCAUGUGCACCACACCCGCUAGCUCAUUUAUGGAGGAAAUUCCAGGUUUGGACUUUGAGCGUUACCUCCAGCCCUCACAGCGAUGCAGCCUGUCACCAAUGGAGCCAGUUACCAUGGAGACGCUGUCGUCUAUGACAGUGGAUGUGGAGAUGGAGAGUCCCAGAAGUCAAUCUGAACAUCUGACUCAGCAAGAAGCACUGCCGCCACCAUUUUCACCUUUAACCCCUCAGACGACACAGGAGCAGACAGCACAGGCGUCCUUGCUUCUCUUCACCCCGAAUCUCAAGGACCGGAUACGCCCGUCGGUCUGCCCGAGUGACCUCAUGUACUUCACCCCUCCUCUGUAAUUUUGAAUCACGGCUAUUUUUUUUAGUAUUCUUAAGGGAAAAACUUGAUAGAAGUUGUCAUCUUUUAAAAUAUACAUAUUUUUUGCAAAAUCAGUGCUGGUUAACUUUUAUUAAGAAUUGUGUUUAAACUCAGGACCUGGGUCUUCAUUUAUAGAAGUGUGUGUGGAUUUUAUACCAGAAUUGACGAACACAAAGAAAUGUUCAGAUAGAUAAAAUAUGUUUGUCUUAAAGUACCGGUAAUAAAAAGCAGCCAUUCUUUGGCACAACACAA